GCAGAAGGUCAAGAUCUGCACAUGUGGACAUUUCACAUGGACAACGGGGCUAGAUUCGGAAUUGCAACUACCAACCAUGGGGAGAGCAUAAAUGGAGUCUACAAGGGCAUUAGGGCAAUGCCUGUAUCUGUCCUAGUGGAGAUGACAUAUUGGAAGAAGAUCGAAGAGAAAUCAAGUAAGCACAGAGUUGUCCUGUUCAACCGCAAUGAAGGUAUUUUUGCUGUGCAAACAGGUAUCUGGGGUGGAGGAAGACGUGGGCAUAAUCGUCAAUCCGUUACUCUACACGUAGAAACUCGCACCGGAGAGUGUACAUGCCAAAAGUAUCAAAACAGAAGAGUACCUUGUUCACAUGCAAUGGCAGUAGCUAAGUCGAUAACCCUCAGCGCUUACAGUUUGGUUAGUCCUUACUACACGGAACAGGCGAUCAGGAACUCCUACUCGUCAAGUUUUAGCCCCCUGCCGGAUGAAGCUUAUUGGCCUGUAGACAAUGGGAAGUUGAUUAUCCCACCGUUACACUUAAAGCGCACCAAAGGUCGUCCUAGGACCGAAAGGAUUCACAAUGAAAUGGACCAAUCACAACGUGCCCGACGGGGUCCAAAGCGUUGCUCAAAGUGCAGACAACCGGGUCAUGACAAGAGGCGUUGCCCAGGUCCACCUAUAGAGCAAGAUUCGGCGCCAAUUCCGAACCAACCUUGAUGUUGUUGUUGUUCACUUCCUUGUUUUAAUCUUGUUGAGUAGUUUUCGUUGUUGUGAUGUUUAAUUUGGACUUCUUGUUUUAAUCUUGUUGAGUGAUUGUAAUAAAGGGC